AUGCAGCAAGACAAUCUCGCUCGGGAGGAGCUUCGCCUAGAACUGGACGCGAACGAGGACGAUCAUGGAAACGGGCAAGAUCUCAGCGACGGGGACGCCCCAUCACCGCAUCUCUCCUCGACGCCAGCUGGACCGUCAUCCGAAACCCAUGCAUCUAGCCCCAGCCCAUCACCGUGGAACCCGUCUGAACCGCACACUUCUGCAUCAACUGGAUCCUUCGGCAUGCGGCGCCUGCAAGUCACCAGAGCUAGCACGCGCGGGAAGCCCACCAGCGACGAUCAGAUCGACGUUAACUUGGUUUCUGCCGAUCUGCAAGUCACCAUGAACGACCGCGGUCGAGCCCAUGCUGCAACGGACCGCGUGGAGCCAUCCGGUCUUUCCUUUACUCAGCUGGCUGAGAUAGCCGAUCAAGCCCAGCUCCCAUGCCCUGGCGAUACUGAGGAUUUCGCCCACGUGGCGGAAGACCCCUUCACGGUGCCGCGUGCUCACGCCUACGUCACGACCACUCACGACCACCACAGGAUCUUGGAGGAGACGAAUCAAGCGAUCGAAAUCCCCAACACCUACGACGAAGCCAUGAGCUCUCCCCAGCACGAAGAAUGGAAAGGAGCGUGCAGCAAGGAAAUGGACAAUCUGCGGAAACACAACGUCUACAAUCUGGUGCCCCUCAGUAGCGUUCUCAAGGGAGAGAAGAUCCUCGCAGCGAAAUUCGUCUUCAAGAAAAAGCUGGACGGACGCUUCAAAGCUCGCCUGGUAGCCGGAGGACAUCGUCAAGAGCCAGGACAGGAUUACGGACGCAUCUACGCCCCAGUAUGCCGUAUCGGGAGCGUUCGCAUGACGUGCGCCAUUGGCUGCCACAACAACUGGCCCAUCUACCAACUGGACGUUGUCGGUGCCUUUCUGAACGCCCUCUGCGACAGAGACGUGUGCAUCAGACCCGCCCCCGGUACAGCCGCCAAGAACUCCGCGACAGGAGAACUCAUGGUGUACAAACUAGAACGGAGUUUUUACGGCCUAUCGCAGUCGCCGGCGCUCUUGAACGACACCCUGGACGAGUCUCUCACGGUGUUCGGAUGGAAAAGGACUCAAUCCGACCCCUGCAUGUGCGUAGACGUGUGCAUCAGACCCGCCCCCGGUACAGCCGCCAAGAACUCCGCGACAGGAGAACUCAUGGUGUACAAACUAGAACGGAGUUUUUACGGCCUAUCGCAGUCGCCGGCGCUCUUGAACGACACCCUGGACGAGUCUCUCACGGUGUUCGGAUGGAAAAGGACUCAAUCCGACCCCUGCAUGUGCGUGUAUACCAGCGGCAACAUCAUCCUCGUGGACCAGAAGAAGAAGGAGCUCACGGAUCGAUUUGAGAUGACCGACAUGGGAGAGGUAAAACGGAUCCUCGGGAUUGAUGUAGAGCGGGACUACGAGCAAGGAACCCUGGCCAUUUCACAGGAGCACUUCGUGAACACACUUCUGGAACGGUUCGGAAUGCAAGAGGCCAACCGAGUGAACACUCCUGGAUACGGAGCGGAAAUUUCCACGAAUCAACCUCAGGACCAAAUCCUAGGACCCACGGACAAGAAAACCUACCAGUCGAUGACGGCAAGCAUCCGCUCCCUGGCCCAGUGCACGCGAUUCGACCUCUCUUACGCGGCCCUACAACUGUCCAAGGCCUGCAGCAACCCAGCUCUUUGAACAUGACAGCAGCCAAGCACGUUCUGCGAUACUCUCGGGUUAAUCCAGUUCUUCCUAUCGUCGACAGGAAANUCAGGACCAAAUCCUAGGACCCACGGACAAGAAAACCUACCAGUCGAUGACGGCAAGCAUCCGCUCCCUGGCCCAGUGCACGCGAUUCGACCUCUCUUACGCGGCCCUACAACUGUCCAAGGCCUGCAGCAACCCAGCUCUUUGAACAUGACAGCAGCCAAGCACGUUCUGCGAUACUCUCGGGUUAAUCCAGUUCUUCCUAUCGUCGACAGGAAAGGACAGUUUCGGCUAGCGGCGUUUAGGGAUUCAUCCUUCGGAGCAAACCCCGACAACGGAAGAUCUACCACGGGAUAUCUCUUCUUCCUGGCUGGAGGACUCAUCAGCUAUGGUGCGAAGACCCAAACUCUAUCCGCGCAAAGCACGGUCGAAGCCGAGAUUCAAGCACUUAGCUACUCAGCCAGAGAGGCGGUCUAGAAUAUAUCUCAAAUUUAAUGACGAAACUCAACUUCAAGUCCUUCGGAUCGGUUCCACAACAGCGACAGCACUGGAGCGCUGACAGUGGCCGGAAGUGCUAUGCACUCUCAAAGCACGAAGCACGUGGCCCUGAGGUACUUUUUCAUCCGGGAGCUAGUACUGCGGGGACAAAUCACUCUUCACCACCGGCCCAGCGAGCACCAGUUGGCUGAUAUCGCGACGAAGCACCUACCAAAGCACCGAUUCGCCUCCAUCAUUCAGCAGAUCAAGGACUUCUCGUGUUGAUCGAAUAUCUGUUAAGCUUCCUACCAUACGCGUCAUACAAGAAGGAAUUAAUUUCGACACGAUGCCAACGGAGGGGUCGAGGUAGAAAUGGAUAUGGUGAUGCGGUUGACCAUUGUGAAUUAGUUGCUUGAUC